AUGCAAAGAGAAAUGUCUGGCGAAGAAAAUUCAAUUCCACAAUCAGUGGGGAUUCAAUCUGGUGAAGACUUAUUCGCUGCUCUCAUUUCAACGGUCCAUCCCCGAUUUUCUGAAUUGCUUUCUCAAAGUUCACAAGCACCAAACCCCAUUGAAUUGAAUCAUUUGAACAGAGAUUUCCCAAUAACAGCGCAAUCGAUUUUCCAUCCAAUUUUUAACCCUCUUAGCAGCACGAUGGUGAACCAGAGAAAUUCUAUAGAAACAAUGCCCAAUUUAAGCUUGUUUUCACUACCAAGCAUAUUUGACACUGGCAGAUCAAUUCGAGAUUUUCAAGAGCCGCCACAAAUCAGCAUUUCAAGUGCGAAUCGAAAUAGGCAACAGAGAGGUGACGAUAGUGGAUUAGGUACCUCAUUGAUGCUCUCCUUUAAUGCUACUGUAAAUUUGAAACGAGUUUCAAGGGAAUUUUGUGUUAGUGAGGCUGACCAGCUUCCAUCGACGUCAAUGCGAAGCCUCCGUUUCAAUGUCGAUACUGCUCGAAAGCCUAUACGAGAAAAUCCUCCUGUCGAGUCAAAUGAAGCUGUUCCUUUAAUUGGAUAA